CAAAUGGUAACCUAUAUAAACAAAGAACAUGGCCGACCUAAAAUAGUAUCGGCACAUCAUGAUCUAGAAUUCUACUAGAUUCUAUUUGGCUUUAUUACUUAGAUAAUUUUGAAAAAAAAAAUGGUAUUGUUCGAAAAUAUUUGUGUAGGUCAGAGAGUUGAAGUUAGGUGGAAUGCAGGAAUAUACAGAGGAGUAGUCAAGUAUAAAGGCACGAUAGCUACGAAAAAAGGGGAUUGGGUUGGAGUUGCGUUGGAUGCUUCAGCUGGAGAUUCCAAUGGAAUGUUACAUGGUCGUAGGUAUUUUCAGUGUUCACAAGGUCACGGAAUAUUUGUCAGAUCUGACAGAAUAAGAUUUAUUCCGAGUAUACGUUGUUUAUAUAACAAGUAUCAUAAAGUGGCAAACAAUUCGUACAUUGAUGAAUUCCUAUUUGAUAAACCAACUCCACCUGUAAAAGAUGGUCCCCAUGAUCCCAUUCACUUGUCUGUAAAAGAUUUUCAAAGAGCAAAGACUUCAUUGGGAGACUACUAUUCUUCUUCUGGCUGUAUAUGGGAAAAGCCAAAAGUUUACAGCCUGCGGCAUUCUAUCAGCAGUUUAAUUCCUGCAGCUACCAUGUUGAGAUCCGGUUCAUCAUCGUCCACUUUCAGAUAUUCCUCACGCCCCAUACAUGUAGACUAUUGGGAAGAUGAAGAGUUUGAAAGAAAACCUGCCAUCCCCAAGAUUCACAUGCCCCAUACAGCACUCAGGAAUCAGGUCAGGAAAGGAUGGGAAGGUGCCCACUAUGUCAGAGAAAUGACAGUGCCAACUGGCAAAGACAAGAUGAAAUAUAGCCAAUGGAAUGAUAUUUCACCUUAAAGAGAUAUCAAUGCUCAAUUCUAUGAGUGCCAAAUGUGAUUUUUUUUUUUUUUUUUUUUGUCAGAGAAAUUAAUUGUUAUGUAAUAUUAUGUAAUGAGCUGAGUCUUUUUUGUUUCUUUUUUGAAAUAUAAUCUCUCUUUUGUGAUUGGUUCAGUGAGCAUUAAAACUUUGAAAAGGUGGAUUUUUAAAAGUAUCUUUCAAUACAGGUUUAAUCCAUAAAAUCCAUAUAUAAUUUUAAUUAAAACAUUGACUUUAGCCAAUAUUGAAUACUUCCCUUUAAAAAAACAAAGUGUACUAGUUUAUUGGGAUGCUAAACUAAAUCUCUUCUGAUCAAACAGGAGAAUAAAAGCUUCACCAGUUUUUUAUAAUAGGCCUUAUAACGGCAUUGCUGAUUGGGAUUGAUUAAUGUAGCAAAGUCUCCCUAUGUACCAAAUAAGAAAACCUGCCUGUUAGACAAGAUUACCAUCUUUAUUAAAAAAUGUUUAAAUACUGACAAAUAAAAUAAUUCUUAGUCUUCAUCUUUCAAAUGUCAAUAAAUCUAUUUUGGAAUAUUACUACAAUACUAUUUUUUUUAAUCAUGUAAUAGUCUUGCCCAACUUAUGGCAAGUGGGAAAUAUCCAGACCACCAUUUUCUGUUUUACGGUCCAUUGAAAAUUCCAUUGGUCUUACAAUUUUUUAGCUCAGAUGUUACCUUGACAGUAGCAUCCUUAACACACAUACUGGAUAUUUAAAAAGCCCACUGUCCUAAAAGGUUUCAUCACCGCUGUAUAAAUAAAUACAGAUAGUUAAUUUUGUAGUUAGUAUUUAACACAGAGAGUUUUUUUUAGUGUUUCUUCUACCUGCCUGUGAAUUUGACUUUUAGUAUUGAUGUGAAAUGUGUAUACAGUAAUGUUGCAUUGUAACAAGUAUUACCAAUAUUUUAAUGUCUUUAAUUAUUUUUGUUACUUUUUAAUGAUACAAGCAAAGAUGUUAUAACAAUUACAAUAUUUGUCCUGCUUUAUUCAGGAAAUUGAGAUGAGAGCGAGGUAUCCUGUGAUAUGAUUUUUUUUACCUCGAAAACUAAAUUCAAUGGAAAAUUUGAUGAAAUUUUAAGAAAAUUUUAUUGUACAUUCUGCCCUUCUAGUGCAUUUCAAUAAAAGGGAGAUAAACUACAUUCGUGUAUCUUAAAUCUUGCUUUCAUUGAGCUACUUUUCUUUGCUAUGUCCCAGUUUUACAUGACAAAAAGAUGUGACCAUAGACUUAUAUAUUAUAUCUAGACUGGAAACCGCCAUUGAUCGAUUCACAGACCUAUAUAUAUAUAGACACACUGUGUCACUGGUCCACCCAGGCUUAUGAUCAGAUGACCAUAACCCGGGUCCUAUUCACAUGCAAAGUUCAUGCCAGUACUGUCCCUUGCCCUUCGAUGUAGCACAACUAAACUGUAUUUCUGGCCUGUGUCACAUAUGUCAGCUGAUCACACACAGUUAACCCUAUUGCCUCGUGAAUAGGGUUACAACAAUAUUUAAAUAGAUCGAUUACAUAGAUCUUUCUAGAUUAUGUAUUUAACAAUUGCAAAAUAAUAAUUAUGAGAAGGGGAAUACUCUUAUUUUUGAUGUUCAAUUACUAGAUCUAGAUCAAAAAAUUAAAUUAUAUGUUACAUAGGUUAGGUUUGAAAAAAUCAACAUUGCUUCAUAUAUCUACUUUACAAAACAACGCCUUGUUUCAACUUUAAAAAAAAAAUUCAUGGCAUUUUUUGUAGUUUUAAAAGAUGUCCAUGUCCAGUCUAGAUACAAUAUAUAUUUAAGUCUAUGGAUGUGACACAUGAAAUUCUCAAAGAUUUGCAAUUUAACUCUUUCUGUCAUAGUAAUACAUAACUACAAAUACAGUUUAAUGAAAUAUUCUUUACCACAAUAAAACAAAUUAGGCUAUAACCAUAAUUUGUACCAUAAAAUGCAUUAUUGUCAAGAUUCAUGAACUCAUCAUGAGAAAGGUACAAUAUGUCAGUAUGUAUCACUUUAAAUCAUUUGUCUAGUAUAAUAUUCUUUUAUAAUUAUAAGAAAUGAACUUUUCUGUUUCAACUCUUUCUCUCUGUCAUUAUUUUUCUACGUUUCAACGGAAUUCUUCAUUUUGGUCAUUACUGUUUCACUCCCCUGUUAUGAUUAAGCUUCAAUAACUUUUUCGUUUGUUAUCAGAAAAUGUUUUAUUUGGUAUAGAAUUAAAGGGAAAGGCAGGCUCUUUAUAUAUAAUAGAAAGUAAAGUUUAUAAAAUUAAACAUUAAUGAAAUUUAAUAAGGUCAAAUCAAUGAUGGUAUCAUCAAUUACGAGAGAAAGAGUUAAAAUGUAUUUUUUAGUUGUGACUAGAAUUGAAAAAAAAAGAAGAGUCACUUUGUCAAUACAUUCAAUAAUCUGUAUAGUAGUUUAACAAUCUCUGAUUUACUGUUAUGUUUCAUCUGUUCAGUUUAAAGCAAUCGCACCUAAAAUUAACAAAGAAAUCAGGAAAAGGGGGUACACCUAAAAAAAAGUUGAGGGAAAGCUGCCAACAAUGGAGAUUUUUUCCCUUUAAAAAAUUUUGUUUUUAAGUCACUUCUUUUUUUACUAAUAAUUUAUAGCCAAGGCUGACUACUUUAAUUUGAUAUAUUUUUGUUUUGUUUUCUUUUAUGUUAAAGUAAAUAUGUUAUAAGCCCUUAGAUAAUUCAUGACUUAUACUAUUAUUAAAAAUAACAAGGUUACAAAGACAGUUGUUGUGGAAACACAAACUCAAAAUCGGCCUCCGAAGUGGUCCACCUAGGCAGGUUUCAAUAUUUUCAGAAAAAACAUUAGAAUGAAAUUCUAUCAAAGACAAAUGACAGAGAAGAAUGGAGAAAGAAGGUUGACAGAUCUUGUGUGGUGCCCCAGCGGUCCAGCAGACCAAAGGAUAGGUGACGUUAGAUGUGAACCUGGCCUAAAUGAUGUUUUAUAAUGAAUAUCUAAUUGAUCUAAUUGUUUUGUAAAGGGUAAAUCUCUUAUUCAAAUCCUAAAAAAAAAAACAUUUACGUAAAUUUUUUUUUCCCAUUUAGUUAAGUGUUCCAUAGCUACGGUGCUGUUCACAUGCUGCAGUUCACGCGAUAAUAUGAAAAACUACUUAUUAAUUGUUGUUUUAAAUUAUGUCCAGUAUGCUAAAUAGAUUUUUUCUCUUUAAAAAAGAAAUAAACAUUUUUUGUGUGUAUCCAUUAUAUUGUGUAAGACAGAACGUACUUAACUUAGCAAUACAAAUGUAAAAAAUAAUGUAUUUGACAAUAGCUAUAAAACCAUUUGCAUAAAUGUGUUAAAAAAUUAUGGUAAAUAGUCAUCUCCCCUACUAAAGAGCCUCCCGUGUUUGUUACUAUUAAUAGUGAAUAUUUGUAAAAGUGGUGUAUUUUAAUGAAAAAAACAAAUUGCUUGCAUAGGUGAUUUAAAAAUUUAGAGUUUUCCAUUUCAGAUAAGAAAAAAUUAGCUGUUGUAUCAGAACUUUGAAUAGUCUAAAUUAUUAUGAUGUCGGAUUUUCACUAACUUUUCUAGUUUACGGGAUCUAAAUGGGACGGACGGACAGACAUUCACUAAAAAGCUGGACAAUUUUUGAAAUUUAUGUCUAUUAAUGUUUAAAAAAACUAAUAUUUUUUUUUUAUUUAUGUUCAAUAAGUAUUCUUACUAAGGCAAAAUAAUUCUAAGAAUGCUAAAUUACAUUCUAAAUACAUCUAACAAUUUUCUGAAAAUAAAUAUCGCAAGUCGACAUCUC